AUGUCCCGCCUCUCCUCGACCUCCCCCACCGAACGCCCCGACGCCAUCGACCACUGCCUUGCGGGCAUCUCGCGCCUCUCCUCCGAAGUCAAAGACGCGUCCUCGUACAUCCCCGCCUACGACCAGCGCACCUACGGCGACGCCAUCAAAGCCCUGCAGGAAAAGCUGCAGAAUGUGAGGGCUGAAUUGGGCGCGGGGCCCAAGAAGUUCAAGUUCACGACCAAGAAGAAUCGCAGUGCGAUUAGCAUUGGGGAGGCGGCGGAGAUGGCGCAGAAUAGGAGGUUGCUGGGGCCGGGAGGGGGCGCAUGGGAUAGUUCGGCGGGGAGCUCGGCGGUAAAUAGUGCGUUCUCGCCGACGCCGUUGGAGAAGCUGAGUCCCGGGGAGGAGAAGAGGGAGCUGGAGGCACUCAAGCUAGAGAAGAAUGGGGCUGAGGCGGUGGGCGUGAAGGUUGAGGAUCGAGAUGGCGAGCACGUCGUGCUGCCGACGUCUGAAGCGCAAUCGGGCAGCUCGGGCGUGGUAUCGAACGUGAGGGGAAGCGUCGUCGAUCUGUCUGCGCCGACCAUGAGCGGUGGUUCAUUUGCGACGCUGACGCUGAAGAACAUCCAGAGGAGCUUGGUGGUGACUGGGCGCGUGGCGGGCCCGAUUCACAUGACGGAUUUGAAGAACAGUGUCAUCAUCAUGAGCUGUCGGCAAUUCCGCAUGCAUGGGUCAAAGAAGGUGGAUGUCUAUUUGCAUUGCUCGAGCCGGCCCAUCAUUGAGGAUUGCGAGGAUAUUCGAUUUGCGCCAUUACCACAGAUCUACAUGACAGCGGACCUAACAAGUUCUACGAAUCAGUGGGAUCAGAUCGACGACUUCAAAUGGCUCAAGGCAGAAGCCAGCCCCCACUGGAGCAUCUUGCCGGAGCCCGAACGUGCUCAAGAAAAACUACCUGGCCAAGACAACCAGGGUCCAGACAAUAUUCUUCGUGCAUUCAGGGUAUCUACAUCCUGA